AUUCACAAUCACUUCCUGUUUACGUUCGACAAAAUGACGUCACGCUAAAAAUGUUAAACUGAGUGUUUCGAUAUUGAAACGUCAGAAAACUUAAGAGACGGCGUCUUCUGAUUUUGAUACGAAACUGUAUGCAAACGUCCGCUAAGCUGCUGCAUCCGGAGCCCGUACGCUGAGGAAGACCUCCCGCUGUCGGCGCAUCUCAGCCAGAAAGCAAGCUAGCCGGGUUCUUCAUUCCAGGUAGCCUAGGAAGUUAGUGUUGGAACGAGUUGACCGCGGACUCUCUAACGAACUUCAAGAUUAAGCAUAAUACGUCGUGUCUGCCACCAUGGAAAAUAAAUAUAAUCUUAAAAGUCCAGCGGUGAAGAGGCUAAUGAAGGAAGCUGCAGAACUGAGGGAUCCGACAGAGCACUACCACGCCCAACCACUGGACGACAACCUCUUUGAAUGGCACUUUUCUGUACGCGGGCCUCCAGAUUCUGAUUUUGAUGGUGGGGUGUACCAUGGCAGGAUUGUGCUUCCCCCAGAAUACCCCAUGAAGCCUCCCAGCAUCAUCCUGCUAACACCAAAUGGGAGAUUUGAAGUUGGGAAGAAGAUUUGUCUGAGCAUCUCAGGUCACCACCCAGAGACUUGGCAGCCUUCUUGGAGCAUUCGAACUGCUCUAAUAGCUAUAAUUGGAUUCAUGCCAACUAAAGGUGAAGGUGCAAUAGGAUCUCUGGAUUACACCCCAGAAGAGAGAAAGACCCUCGCUAAAAAGUCCCAGGACUUCUGCUGUGAAGCUUGUGGCUGUACGAUGCGAUCUGCCCUCCUGCCUCUGACCUCCAACAGCAACCCCAGUGCUGAGGAUCGCCAGGCCAAAGAACUAGCACAGCAAAUCAAAUUCAAGGCAGAAUCCAGUAUAAUACCACAGGCUUCUACAAGUGGAAGUAAAGCUUCGACUGGAGAAACCUCCAGCUCUUUGGAGCAGCAGGCUGAGGAAAGGCCCCAGGCUGAACAGGCGGAAGCGUCUCCAGCAGCAGAUCUAGAGGAGCCCCAGGCCCCUGAUGAUAGCGGUCCUGUUCGUCGGCUCAGUCCCAGACAGCGCCGGGCCCAGCAGCUCAGCCGACAGGCCCCCAGGGCCGGCAGAGAGCCAGUAGCUAGCAGAGCUCUGUUUGGCCCGGCGCCUCGCCGUGACAACCAUGCAGCCUCUGCAGUCCUCAUCGUGGUUCUCACCCUUGCCUUGGCUGCCCUCAUCUUCCGCAGAAUCUACUUGGCUAAUGAAUACAAGUUCAACUAUGACCUGUGAUGUUUCCCCUUACUGCUGUAGUCCACAGAACUCUGAGCAGAACCGUGGAGGGCGAGCUGAGGCUGUAGCUAACACUGACGUUGGGCCUUUUCCACUAACAUGCUUCCUGAACUAGAGCAGGCUGGUGCUAGAGCUGUUUCUAAUCUGAUUCUAUUACAAAUGUAAAAACUCCUGGUUUUAUUCACAGCUGCAGAGCAGGCACAGCCUUAUUAUGAUGUCUUCCAGGAUGUUUCCUCCUCUCUCUGGUGUAUCCUCUGUUUCAACAGAGCAACCGCUUACCUAGACAGAGUAUAGUUUGUCUCAUUGCCUCUGCACACAUGUUUUAAUGUCAUAUAUUUGAUUUAGAAGUGCUGCUUUACACAACUUGUGAUGUUUAGGUGAGGCCCAGCACACAGUUCACUGUGAAAUUCCCCUGAAUCCAAACUGUCAGCAGACGAGGGUAAAACAAUGGCAGCAGAGUAGCAACCACGUCUAGCAUGACAGCUGGUUAACUCCUCUUCCUCAUGCCUCGACUUCAUGUUCCCAUUAAAGCUUAGCGGUUUUCAUUCAUCAACUUAACACAAACACCACAGUAAAUCCAAAACAUAGUGCUUAAAGCCUUUUAAUAAUAAUAAUACGUUUUAUUUCUGGACGCCUUUCUUCACUUCAGGACGCUGAGUUUUAGUUGGUUGUUGGUCUCUGUGAACCUGCAUCAAGCCUCUGAUGGAGGAGGGUCUUUUUCAUGAAGUUUGUGUGACCGUAGCAUCACUUCCUGCUUCCUCAUUUAGCCUAAGAACAUUAAGCCGAAAAAAUACUGGGUUUGAAGCUAGCACUAGCUCUUAUUUAGUACUGGAACCAGUUUGCUGGAAAAGCCCUUCGUGCUCUGCCGCCUCAGCAGCCUGCUCCUCUCAGGAGGUCGUAUCAUUCCUGCUGCUGCAGUCAACAACACCUCCAGGGUGUCUUUUAAUCAGUGUGACUUUUAUUCUCUGUGGCAUUGUGAAUUUAUAAGAACGGGAAGCUUUUUUCAUUUGUAGAACUCAUGCUGCGGCCAACAUGUCUCCCUCUCCUCAUGUAAUUGUUGAAUAUCCAAUGGCUGUACUUAUUCUGUCAAUUAAAACUGUAACUGAUAAGUUA